GCCGGUGGAAGAUAAGCCGACUUUGUGGACACAGGCGUAGGUGAUGAAGUUGCCGGUGGCACCAAUAUCAAGGAGGGCCCGAAACUUCACCGUCGAUGCACCGAGGGAAACGGGAAUGAACUUGAGCUGGAACUGUGCGGAUCCGGCACAAGCAGAGGAGAUCAUAGUGUUGAGGCGGCGUUGCUCGAGGCCUAACCUAAUGAGUCGAUCGUGUCGGGCUCGUUCCUCAACAAGAUCUGUGAAAGUGGUGGCGGAUGGGUUAGGGAGGAGGGUGGAAGAACACCUGGCAGUGGAGGGUUCAUCCGACGGAAUAGGGGACAUCGUCGCGAGGGGGGCAGGCGGAGUAGACUGCGACGCCUGGAGAUUGUCUGAUGGGAUUUGGUUUGUUGGUGCCCCAAUUGGCGACAACGGAGGCAACCCCCUUUUGCUUGGAGAUGAGGGUGUUCGAGAGCUGCGAUCUCUGCGCUCCAUCCUCAUGAAUUGGACGACAUUGAGUUCCUCGGAAGAGAGGGAUGAAGAGUCGAGUGAAUCAAAAGAUGCGUCGGGGUCCGGUGUAGUGAACUCGACCGAGGAGGUGGUGGAGGUGGUGUCCUCGGAGGCGAUGUUGUGGAAGAAACGAGGGCGGGGAGGGGCCGAUAGGGAAAGGGAGGCAGAGGCAGCAGCCAGAGCCACAAGCAUAGCUGAUCAAGUGGCCCUCCUUCAGGUCCCGGAAGCCAAUGCUGACCGGUUCCAAGAGAGGCUAGCUGUUGUCGUAGCAGCCUUGGUUCGACUGCGGAACUUGGAAGACCUUGAGUCCCGUGUAACAGCACUGGAGCAGCGGAACCAAGAGCUGCAGGCUGAGAUAAUCAGCCUCAAACAGUCCCAACUGUCUGCCCCCCGCCCUCCUAACCCUCAACCUACUGCAGUCCCAGUCUCUCAAUCUAACACAGUCCUCAUGGCAAGAGUAAGUGGAACUGUGACGAGCGCAGGAACCGGUGCCAGCUCCUCAAGCGGCAGCGCCGACAGUUCUGCACUAGUCAUAGUCUCAAAUGCAGGGACAUCAGCCCAAAACGCCACAGUCCUUACUAGCGUACAGUACAGCAGUCCCGUAGUGCACAAGCGGGCGGCCACUUUGUCGUCCAAGUACGACGGGAAAGCGUAUAUCACCUCUUGGAUUAGUUCCAUGCGCUCAUACUUCGAGGUUAUGCGGACACCGCAGGAAGACCGAAGCAUGAUCAUGGGCACUAAUACUGAGCCCGCCGUACAGAAUCACAUUGAGCUCCAAGCUAUUGCUGCAAGUUAUGAAAGAAUUGACCUGACUGAGUUGCUGAAGGUAACUUCUGUACGCACCCUUGAGGACCUUCUCAUCACACGGUACCAAGAUAAGCACGUUGCGCUAAAGGCAAAGCUGAAGUUUGAGGCCCUCAAGGGCCAAACAUGGAGGUCCUCCAUGCAGGCUUUGGAACAGCACUUGACUGGUCUGUUCACCACUCCAGACCUGGGAAUGACCGACGUGUCUUGCAUGGAUGUAGUCAUGGGAGUGGCCCCUAAAGAAUACCUCUCCCUGUUAGCACUUAAAGACCAUACCACUUGGCGAAAGCUCAUGACGGAUCUUGUCAACCUAGAGGCCAAGGACCUCGCCAGGCGUAAGAAGGCGCCCGCUGCAGGUGGACAACCACAACGCAAGCGGUAUGGAAGCAGCAACCAGCUUGCCCUGCAUGAACAUCGGGAGGUUGAAGAUCAGUCUUACGCGGAUGAUCUGUCACUAGAUGACGAUCUAGAGUCGAACUCCGAUAUGGGCUGUUCUACAUCAGCCAUUGAGUCUGACGUGAACGAAGAUGAAAAACUUAAUGCUUUCAAAAAGACUGCUUCAACUAAGGGGCCUAACCGUGGUUCGGGUAGGGGAACCAUUGCACACCUCCCCAAGAAUGCGAAAAUCCCUGAGAAACCGGAGGACGCUUCAACCAAGCCUUGGGAAGCCCUCCGUAUCAGUCAGAAAGAAUGGGAAAGAAGAUCCAAACUGCGCGUAUGCUUGCAUUGUCAAAAGCCUAGGCAUGUUGUGCAGGACUGCUAUCGUCUGCAGGGAAACAAGCAAAGGGCGUAGAAGAGUCAUCUGCACCCUCUACAACAAGGGAAGCUGAGCCAUCAGUUGCAGGCCCCUCCAAUGAGCCUAGAUCUAAUCAACAGUUUACCCUUGA